CUUCCAGCAAGAGGGAAGUUUCUUUGAAAUAUCUAAUACUUAGCCAAAGUUGGCCUCACCUUUUCUCAAAUCUUGGUAUGUUUGCUUGCCAUAUUUACACCUCACAGUUCUUCUUGAGCUUAUCCUAUUUCUUCAAUUUGUUCUUUAUGCUUUCUGGGAAAAGUUAUGACUAUGUGUUCCCAGAUUUUGAAGACCGACAAAGAACUUACUUUCAGCCAUGUUUUUCUGCUUCUGCCUCUGCUCCUUCUCAGUACUCCUGCCAUUGCACAACCUAUGUAUACAUUUUGUGACAGUGGAACCGGUAAUUACACAUCUAACAGCUCAUUUGAAAAUAACCUCAAGCACCUUCUCCAAUCUCUACCUUCCAAUACAUAUCUUACAUGUUUUAAUAUAACCUCCAUGGGAAUUGAUGCCAACCGGGUUUCUGGGCGAGCACUAUGUAGAGGGGAUGUCACUGAUAAGGUUUGCUGGAUUUGCUUGGAGAAUGCAAGCAGGGAAAUCAUGAAGGAAUGCAAGAGUCAAGAGGCAAUUAUAUGGUAUGAAUUAUGCCAAGUCCACUAUUCAUACCGGAUUCUGUCUGGUAUGGAUGCUUAUACUGGAAAGUAUCCACUGUGGAAUAAUCAGGAGAAAAACGUAUCAGAUCCACUAUCUUUUUAUGAAGUUUUGAAUGAUCUAAUGCGGAACCUAACAAUUAAGGCUGCACAGGGUCCUUCUAAGCUCAUGUUUGGGACUGACCAAGUCAAAUUUUCAAGGUCUGAUACCAUAUAUGGACUUGUACAGUGCACCAGGGAUCUAACUGUGGAUUCAUGCAGAAAGUGUUUGAGUUCUGCGUUAGGAGAUCUUAAGGCAUGCUGCUAUGGUCGGGGAGGUGGAACUAUUUUUAGCAGGAGUUGUAACAUGAGAUAUGGGUUGACUCGCUUUUAUGAUACUCCAUCUGUCAAAGGGGAAUGGAAGACAUGGAUGAUAGUGUUGGUCAUUUGUGUACCAACGUUUGCAGCGGCAGUUCUUGUUGGCUCCUGUGUUCUCUAUUAUAGGGGGAGGACGGGAACACAAAAUGAUGAGGAGAAAAGCCAACGUGCUCUGCUGCAUAAUUUGGCGACCCCCACUGCUGCUGCAAUUACACAAGAAUUCAAUUUACUCAGUUCUCAGGAAUUGCCCUUCAUGGAGUUGGCAACAAUCAGGGCAGCUACCAAUGACUUUUCAGAAUCAAACAAGCUCGGACAUGGCGGGUUUGGCACUGUUUAUAAGGGUGUUCUGCCAAAUGGAAAAGAGAUAGCAGUUAAAAGGCUAUCAAAGAAGUCAUGGCAAGGCAUAGAGGAGUUCAAGAAUGAGAUCAUACUAAUCGCAAAACUUCAACACAGGAACCUUGUCAGACUCUUGGGCUGUGGCACAGAGGGACAAGAAAAGCUGCUCAUAUAUGAGUUCAUGCCCAACAAAAGCCUUGAUAUCUUUAUAUUUGAUGCAGAUAAAAGGCAACAACUCAAUUGGGAGAUAUGCCAUAACAUUAUUGAUGGUAUCGCCAGAGGACUUCUUUACCUUCAUGAGGACUCCCGGCUUAAAAUCAUUCACAGGGAUCUAAAGCCUAACAAUGUUCUAUUGAACCAUGAUAUGGUUGCAAAGAUAUCAGAUUUUGGCAUGGCAAGGAUUUUUGGUGAAAAUCAAAAUGCAGCUAAUACUCGUAGAAUUGUAGGAACAUACGGAUACAUGGCUCCUGAGUAUGCAAUGGAGGGAAUGUUCUCUAUGAAAUCUGAUGUAUUCAGCUUUGGUGUCAUCUUGCUUGAGAUCAUCAGUGGGAAAAGAAAUAGUGGCUUCCACCUCACAGGACAUGCUCACACACUCCCAGCAUAUGCAUGGAAACUAUGGAAUGAAGGAAAAGGAUUGGAAUUUGUACACCCUUUGCUGACAGAAUCAUGCCCCACAGAAGUUGUUCUGAGAUGCAUCCAUAUUGGGCUUUUGUGUGUUCAGGAAAAUCCAGCAGACAGACUGACAAUGUCGUCUGUGGUUGUUCUGUUGGAAAGUAAAUCAAUGGCUCUUCCUGAACCAAAACAACCACCAUUCUCUGUUGGCAUAGCUAUUCAGUUUAAUCAAUCUCCCACAACACCUCUCUCUGUAAACGAGCUUGCUGUUUCUAGUUUUCUGCCACGGUGAUAGCAACAAGCACUCCCAGUUCUUUCUACUGCUGGUCAUUGUUCUAUCAAUUUCCAAGAAAUUUUAAAUAUCAGUUUCCAUUGAUUGUGAUUUACUUUUAUAUGGCAUGUAACAAUAUCUAGUAUUACCCCUCCAAUAGAUAUCCUCAGUUCCAAUUUCUAUCUUAAAUUUUGAAGGAGGAUUCUUCCCCUUUGUAGCAUUUCUUCAUAUUGUUAUACAACUUCUAAACAAUUCUUACAUAUAA